UCGCGAUCCUACCAAUUACUUUCAACUUGCGAGAAAUCACCCUCGGAACUUUCUAAUUCAGGCCUACACGCUUCUUGCUUUGGAAUGGAAGCCCCCACAGACGAAGGAUGCCCAUCAACUUCCAGAGAUAUUGUGGUCGGGCGAAAGAGCACCAGGAAGAGAAAGGUCAUUACUCGUGAUGACAGUGAUGCAGAGAUCCCUCCCCAACUAAAGCCCAAGAAGAUGAAAAACACAACAGGAAAACCCUUUUGUUGCGACAAGUGCAGUUCCCGAUUUGUUGUGAAUCCUCUGCGACGUAAACCUGGACAGAAAACCAAGGGCAAGGCAACCCCUCGUUAUGUCAAAGAACCUGAAAGCCAGAAACUUCUCACACUCUGCAAUGCAUGCGGCCUUAAGAUGGAGAGAAAAAGCAAGAUGACUCCUCGUGAUCCCCCUCCUACAGCAGAUGAUAAGAAGCGUUACUACGAGAGCGCAGAACACUUUGCAGCAUCAUUGGUCGAAGGGCUUGGAGAGCCAGAUGCUGAAAAGUUAACAUGCCCUGUCUACAACUCCAAACCAUGUGGCUGUAUUCAAAAGUUCAUCAUUGGAGAGGGUGACAGGGAACAAUCCAAGAAGCGAGCUCUUCAUUUGCUGAGUAUUCUGAAAGAUGCCAAACGUCUUCGGGAGAAGAAGUUCUACAAUAGAGAAGAGGUUCUACGCAAAGGAAAAGGACAAAGGAAGGUAGGCCUAGGCAACGGUCAUCGCAAAGCCAAGGAAUAUGAGGAUUUUGUCUUGUCAAACCGAAAGGUACUGCGUGGGGAUUUACGGAUGUGUGAGCGGGCGACGCAGCGUAUCCUGCUCUACUCCAACAACUUCCUGCACAAGCGCUUAAAAACGGACCCCCAGAAUCGCACACAAAGGCUGCAGAGAACGAAGGGGCAGGCGGCACUGGGCAAACUUGUUGACAUAUCCGAACUGCCUGAGCAAACUUGCUGUUCUGAGAAGUGUGUGCUGUUGGCACGUACACACAAAUUGCUGUUGAAGCAGUGGAGAGAGCGGGCAAUCUCCGGGCAGCUGGAGGCCAGGAAAGUUCUUGCUGAAAUGCUUACUCCUUCAGGUCAUGGAUCCAACUGUGCCCGUUUCAUCUCCAUGGUAACAGGGAGCAGCAUCACCACCAUCGCGAGGGUGAAGGAGCAGAUGACGAAGACGGGCGGAGACCGGGAGCCCCCUCAGCAUGGCCUCAAGAAGUACUGGAAGAACCAUCCCAAGAGUAAAAGCGGUCUGCUAGGGGAGGAUGGAGGAGGGGUGACAGGCUCCAGGACAGGGUCAGCUGGAGCCGGGCAGGCAGGAGCCCAGGGAUCUCUAAUGACCGUGGCGCAACUCAUAGAGCAACAAGAUCAGCUGAAAAGACUGCAGCAACAGCUGGAGGAGCAACAGCAACAAGUCAGACAACAGCAGAGAGUUGUAGAGCAACAGUUAGUUCAACACCAACUGAGGCAGAGUAGCAGGCAAUUGAAACAACAGACUGCACUGACGGAAGCACAAAGGAAGGUUUCACUUCAAAGAAGGGCUGGAAACAUACCAGGUAGCUCUAAGACAAGUACAUCCAAUACUACCACUGCUCCAUCUACUGCACAGAACAUGUCUACAAACAGAGCAAGAAAUUCAUCUACUCUGUCGAUGCAACCCUUUGGACCUGAUCAGGUUGGCCGUGUUAACGUGCAGCCUUCUGUAUCUGUCACACAAGAAGCUCGGGCUGCAUCAACACAGCAACAGCCAUCUAAUCCACAAGUACCUACUAUUAUAGGUGUGAAUAUAGAGCAACAACAGUCGCAACAACAGCAGCAACAACAACAGCAAUCGCAACAGCAGCAACCCUUGACAGCUUCAGUGCCAGGUAUAGAUGCCAUUGCUGCCAAGCUGUUGCAGCAGAACUUGCAGCAGAUACUUGCCGAACUGCAGAAUCAGAUGGUGACACAGCAGUUCCAGCAGCAGCUGAUGAACUGCGGGAUGCAACAGGGUCCGAGUAGUAGCAACCAGCCCCCGAGCUACAGCACUGCAGUUGCAGCCACAAACCACUCCCAGGUGAUGCAAGCACCACACCCUCAACCACCACCACAACAGAAGACACAGAAAGAUGGCUCACAACAAACACAGAUCAUCAUACAGACCUUACCAAGCUUGCAGCCUAAUUUGCUGCUGAGUAGCAAUGGACAUGGCGUACCUUGUAGCAGCAGUUUGCCACAGUAUGUCAAUGCUUCAACAAGCGAGGCAAUGGCUCAUCUCAAAGCAGGUGAUAAUACUCAGGUCAUGGUCCCUAUCACACUCCAUCGACCUGAUGGCCACACUGCAGCUGAAGAAGCAGCCAAUGUGGAAGAAGUCAACGUCCAACUCCAGGAAAUUGUUAUGCCUCUCUCCACUCAGGAUGCUGAAGCUUGCAACAUGGUCCUACCACGCCAGCAACAGCAACACCUUCCCACAAUCCUUCAAGGCACCAUCCAACAACACUCUCAGAAUCUGAAUCAACUGGUAAGCCACUCCUCGGAUUCCACUGCCACCCGUCCAGUCACGACCAUGAGCAUUGAGAACCUGUGUAGCAGCCAGCACACAUCACCAGGCAACAUGGGGGAUCAUGUUGUGACCGAAGUGGAGGAUACUAGCCGGAUGAUGCAAGGUAAUGAGGAGAGUAUCCCGUCCUCUAUCCCUCUAGUUGGAGGGGUUUCCGUGGAGACGCUUUUGUCCCCUGAAGCACUCCAUCUCCUGAACUCAACAGGUCAAGCAUCCCUGAAUGUUUCUUUGGCUUCUGCAAGACCUGUCAAACAAAACACAUCUGGGCAUGGCCCCUUGUGAAACACUUUUUGAUUAUUUGCCCAAGUCAAAGCAUUUGUUUUGACCAGGAACCUGUAGCACAAAUCUCAGCAAUGAUCAUAGAACAAAUUUUCAUGAUUGAUUACAUUGACUACAAUCAAUCGUAAAAAUCAAGCGUAUUAUGCUUUGUGUUACAGAGCCCUGAUUAUGCAAAGCAUGCCAGACAGAUAUCAAUGGUGCCAAAGCAGAGGCAGAGUUACCUUUAUUCUGCUACACUUUUGAACAAAUUUGACCUUGUGCAUUAGGGUAUUUUAACAGAAAUUUAUUCUUGUAAUGACAUGUAACAUAUUCAACCCAUGAUAUCACAUUUUUUAUGUUCAGACCCCCCCCCUAUGAAGAAUAUGUAAUGCUGCCAAGAAUUUUUUUUUACCAAAUUCUAACUUACAUAGACGUAUACAGAAGUUUCCGUCUAAUUGGGUGUUGCAAGAAACUUGCGAUCAAUUGCAAGUCAAUUUUCCGUCUCUAAAUCAAUCAUAUGUCUUGCAGUAAAU